UGGUCGGAUUGGUCGUCGUGGAAUACAUGUGCUGUUUCGUGUGGCGUUUCCAUGGUCACGAGAUCACGGUCAUGUGACAACCCAGCCCCUAUAAAAUUCGGUAGACAGUGCGUGGGAAACGACCGGGAAUGGAAAACCUGUGAAGUUAAAAAAUGUCAGACUGAUAAGAUGGCUUUUUAUGCUAGCCUUAGCAACGAUAUCAGUAGAACGACCGUUAACACUCCUUUAGUGUUUAAUGACGUGAUAACCAGCGUCGGCGAUGGAUAUGAACCCUCAACAGGAGUGUUUACAGCCCCUUCUGACGGCUUGUUUGUAUUUUCCCUUACUGUGAGGCAACACGGAUAUUCCGAUGAUCGCGGGUAUGAAGGAAGUUUCAGCAUCAAGAAAGGAGAUACUGUUGUGAUGAAAGUCUAUCCAGAUAUGCAUAGUAAGGAUAACGAGUUUGACACUGCUUCUGGAACAUCCGUGCUGGAAUUAAGUAAGGAGGACACCGUGUAUGUAGUUGCCGAUAAUAGAGGUAAAUACAUUAAAGGUAAUCAAGCCUUUAGCACCUAUUUCUCUGGAUACCGGAUUGGUUAGAAACAGAUAUCAGGAGGUUGCAACGUUCAUCUCCUAAAUGGACAUGAUGAUAUCCAAUGUCAUUGGACUGAUAGCUACACUAGUUUAUUUCUGUAAAAUGUGUGCAUAACGUGCAUAACGUGUCUAUUCAUUUUCAAUUAGUAUAAUUACAAAAUGUUCACAUGUACUUAAGUAUUUUUGUAUGUACAAGAUUGACAAACGAUUUGUUGCAUUAUGUUACAUAAUAAGUUUGAACGAUAUGAUUUUCCUUGUUGUAUGUACCCGAUGAAUCAAUAGUUUGUAAGGUACAGAAAACAGUGAAUAGAAUAUGUAUAUGAUUACCUUAUGUUUGACUUUAUGCACUGAU